CUUUUCCGCCGCUUAUCUGUCGUGCGCCCGUCGACGCGCCUCAGUCGAUCGAGUCCGUCGUCUGAGGCCUCCUGCACCGCUGGGGCCAGCGUUCGAGCUCCGGUCGCGGCCUGCCCGCCUCCUAGGGCCCACCCGACCCCGACCCGCUGCUGCAGCGCUGUCCCUGUGGCGCCAUGUCGCAGAGCGGGACCCCCGGACUGCAGGAGGAAAACUUGCAGGGCUCCUGGGUGGAAUUGCACUUCAGCAAUAACGGGAACGGGAGCAGCGUUCCAGCCUCUGUUUCUAUUUAUAACGGUGACCUGGAAAAAAUACUGCUGGAUGCCCAGCAUGAGUCUGGACGGAGUAGCUCGAAGAGCUCUCACUGUGACAGCCCACCUCGCUCACAGACCCCUCAAGACACGACCCGAGCUUCGGAAAUAGACACGCACAGCAUCGGAGAGAAAAACAGCUCUCAGUCUGAGGAAGAUUACAUCGAGAGAAGGAAAGAAGUCGAGAGCAUCUUGAAGAAAAACUCAGACUGGAUUUGGGAUUGGUCAAGUCGGCCGGAAAACAUCCCCCCCAAGGAGCUGCUGUUCAAGCACCCGAAGCGCACGGCCACGCUCAGCAUGAGGAACACGAGCGUCAUGAAGAAGGGGGGCAUCUUCUCCGCGGAGUUCCUGAAAGUCUUCCUCCCGUCCCUGCUGCUCUCUCACCUGCUGGCCAUCGGGUUGGGGAUCUACAUCGGAAGGCGUCUGACAACUUCCACCAGCACCUUUUGAUGAAGCGUUGGAAGCCGGCUCUCGCCCUGCAGCGGGGUUUCUGUCGGAGCUGGAGGCGGUGCGGGGCGAGGAGCCGCCUCGGGCUGGGGCAGCUGCGCCACUUGAUGGGUCUGUCUGUUCUGUAAAUGCUGCGUCCCUAAUUGAGUAGAAUGGAAGAGUUAAAAAAAAACCAUGCCAACUUGUAGUCCUACCUAUGGGAUCAAUUAAUAAGCAUGUCCUACUGAUUAACAUCUACUGUAAUAAUUUGGUAGUAAAAUUUGUUUGGAUAUUAUAAAUAUCGAAGUAUAAAUAAUUUUAACACUAGAUAUGACGUGUAGUAUUUUAACAAAAAUUAUCUGUAACCAGUUAUUCAGUUUAAAAUACUUUAUAUUUGAAAAGACUACGUAAGGGGUUUACCCCAGAUGAAUUAUUCGUGGCCUUACACACUGUCCCAGGAAAUACUGUGUUUAAGCGGAUGCAGGUCGUCGUCACUGAAGACCGCGCUUAGCUCUGCAGUCGGUCACGCGGCGGAAUCCGAGGGGCAGAUGCAGACUCAGUCCUGCUCCAGCACGAAGCCGCGGGCCCUGCAGGGUGUUAACAGCUGCCCGGGCAGGUGGUCUUCUGUCCUGGGCACCUGCUAAGUAUCUUUCCUCUCUUAGCUCUCUGGAUUGCUGAACUUAGUCCUACUCUUUGUGUUCGGUUUUUGUGCUCUUAGAAUCAGCUUCAUUCUAAGCAAACCUGUGUCUACUUCCAAAGACUGGAAAUAGAAAAAAAUAAAUCUUUGCCAAAUCCUUCAGAGAUGACUGUAGUCACAUAUGGUUUAAAUGAAAUGUCAAAAAUCUUUUUGAUUAAACCAGGCGUCGGCCUCGUUGUCACCAUUACCUAUGGGACAGCAUAUUUUAAA